GUGUCCCAUCACAAGACCAACACACUUUCCCUUAGUGAUUCGCGCUUCUCUCCUAUCCACAUGCAUUACUCUGAGUCGCACAUACACCAGCUGCCCGUGGAACUUUUACAGCACAUAUUUUCACUCAUCGUGAAUGACAUCUCAGACUGUCCUAGUAUCUUCAAUUCGAGCAAUCGCCGUAUCUCUGGGAAUUUUUCCAGCCCUCCCCUAGUCUUCACCCGGGUGUGCCGCCUUUGGCGAGUCACAGCACACUCAACACCGGACCUUUGGUCCCGCAUCCAGGUUACGCUUCCCGGUGGAGACGAAUCAUCGGAGCCAUUUCUUCCAUGUCUCCUUCAAUCGUGGCUCGCCUGUUCUGGUGGCCAGCCUCUCACCCUUCGCAUCGAUAGAGUCUGGGUAAUCUUGGAUUUCUAUAUAUUUGAUGCCAUUUGCGGAUCCACACAAAGUUACAGGUCACUUUCACACGCAGAUUAUCGACUUCUCGAGAUUCUUCAAGCCGAGAGCAGGCGGUGGGAAACGGUCGUCUGUGCGUUACGCGGAGACGAAUGGCUCGAUUCCAAGUUGGAUACGCCACACCUGGGAACUCUGGAAUGUAGCUGGUCAGGUCUUAACAGAUUCAAUGCACCAAAUCUCCGUCAGCUGCGUAUCAGCAAGGGCAUCGAGGAUAUCGCUACCAGUCCUACUCUUACCUGCAAAAAUUUACGACAUCUUCGUGUCCAAUACACUUCCUCCAAGAUCAUCCGUUCCAUUUCCAUGAUUUUCCCUCUUCUGCAGACAAUUACGGUGGCGGCCGUAACUGGUGAUCACGAUGACGCUAGAAGCCACUCGGUCACGUAUCCUUGUCUCGAAUCAUUAACUCUGCCUCUGCCCUCGUAUGAUGAUGUUUCGGACUGGCUUACCGAAAUAUUCGACGGCCUUCAUCUUCCUGUAUUGCGGAAAUUAACUCUGGUGGGAUACCCAUCCAAAUGGAUGAUUGAUCGCACUAUGGCUGCGUUGGCAGUCACCGCAACUUGCAACUUGGAAGUGAUAGACUUUCACACGUCCGCGCUGCAGGGCGAAAUCGACGUGGAUGUUGUUGAGCCGUUGCUCUCAGUUGUGAAGGAGAUUUCGGUCGAAUCGGUGUUAUUCCGAUGUCGCUCCCCGCGCAAUUAGCCAACAGACCAUACACGCCAUACUGUGUUGAAACAUGUUGGGGACUGGCAACAAUCUUCUUGUGAGGGUGAGUGGUGGAUUGUUGCAUGCAUAACGUAG